AUGAUAGCAUUAAGUUCUAAUGCUAAUACUGAGUUCUUGUAGACCAUUUUAACUCUCGAAUCAAUUUAGAAAACAAUCAAUAAAUUAAAAUUGAAAUAAACUAAUUCUUAUUAUUUGAACUCAUUUAUAUUGUCAUUCAUAAACAUAAAAAAUGCAACAAGAGAUCAGUAUAUAGCAGAACUUAAAUCUUACAAUGGGGAAUCAAUAAAAUAACAGAGCAAUGAAAUCCAUAAUUUAUUAAUUUAAGGUGGCUAAGAAGCAUAGGAACUAUUAAAAAGAGGAAAAGAAUUAUUAGAUGGAGAAGUCUUAGGAAUUUAAGCUUAGUUAUUUACUAAAUCAACUACUAAUUCUUAUGCUAAUUUGUUAAAUAAAUUAAACAAGGAAACUAUUUUUAAUAAGUAGUUCUAUGAAGUAUUUUAUCCAUUGAUAGGAUAUGUUUCACUUUAAAAUCCUGCUUUAGCAAGGAUCUACAAGCACGUUGGGGUAAAAGGAGGAUCCUCAGCAUAUUACAAUUAAAAGCAAUGUGUCUUAUCAAUCGCAUAUUUUUAUGAAUUAAGCCAAAAAAACCCUUAUAAUAAAGUUUCUUUGGCCUUAUUUACUGAAAAUUUAGAUUAUGAAACUGAAUUUGUACCAUUGGCAACUUAAUUUAAUUGUUUUACAGGGUUAUUGGGGCUUAAUGGAGAUUAUCUUUAAGCUAUUGUAAAUAAAUUAUAAACUAGAAAAUCUAGUAGAAAAUAAAAAAAUUGA